AUGGAAGGUCAAAAGAAAAGUGGCACCUUAAUCGUCAAGCCGAUCUGCGGAAAACUGAUUAGAGACACCGAAGCCUUUGGAAAGAUGGAUCCUUAUUGUGUUUGUUCUAUUGGAACUCAAAGAUUCAGAACAGUCGUUGCUGAGGAUGCUGGAAAGUUCCCUAACUGGACAGAUUCUUUUGUUUUCAGGCUUGGUGCAGAAUCUUUGCUGGAAUUCGCUGUCUGGGAUCAUGAUUCAGGAUCUGCAGAUGAUAUAAUUGGAGAAGGUGUGCUUCCAUUAGAGGCAAUUCGUAAAAGCCAUCAUUUUGAAGACUGGGUAGAAAUUAAACAUCAUGGAAGAAAAGCAGGUGAUGUCAGAUUUGAAUUGAGAUUCACUGAGGAUGCCGGAUCAGGAGCUACAACUGGGCAGCAUGGAGCACAACAACCAGUCCCAGGCUAUCCUCCUCAAGGAUAUGCCUACCCUCCACAACCUGGCUAUCCACCUCAAGGGUAUCCUCCUCAAGCUGGAUAUCCUGGAUAUCCUCCACAACCUGGCUAUCCACCUCAAGCAUAUCCUCCACAAGCUGGCUAUCCUCCACAAGCAGGCUAUCCUCCACAAGCAGGCUAUCCUCCUCAAGCAGGCUACCCUCCUCAACAAGGCUAUCCUCCUCAAGCAGGCUACCCUCCUCAAGCUGGCUAUCCACCUCAAGCAGGCUACCCUCCUCAAGCUGGCUAUCCACCUCAAGCCGGAUACCCUCCUCAGCCAGGCUAUCCUCCUCAGCAAGGAUACCCAGGCUAUCCUCCUCAAGGCCAUCGCUAA